AUGGCCUCAAACUCGCCAGACGACCAUGUCUCCCCAGUCCCCCGCACCGCCUCCGCCGAGUAUACCACCCACAACAGCCGCAUACACAAGCCAUCGGUCUCCUCCGCUUCCGCCAAUGGCGCUUUCAAUCCCCGCUCUUGCACCACCUGCCGCCGGCGCAAAGUAAAGUGCGACAAGAAGCAGCCAUGCGGCAACUGUACCAAGGCCCACAUCGACUGCAUCUUCCCUGCGCCAGGGCGUGCGCCGCGUAAGCCACGGAAACCACAGGAUGCAGAACUCAUGGACAGGCUGAGGAAGCUGGAGGGCGUGGUGCAGAGCUUGGGCAUGCAGGUCGAGGAGGACGUGAUGGGGAGUGGCGUCUCGCGGCUGCGGCCACACCAACAAGGCUCACAGAGCAGAAAGAGCUCGGAGGCGCAAAAGCAAGACGAGCUAAGCACACGAGAGGAAGUUGGGAACUGCUUCAAAGCUCAGACAAGUGAAGCCGACCUGGAAGACAACGCGGCGAGGUUUGGGAGGCUUGUGGUGGAGGAAGGGAGAAGCAGGUACAUCAACAAUAGCUACUGGGCGAGUCUGAACAAUGAAGUGGAGGACCUGAAGGCAAUGCUUCACGAGUCCUCAGACGAGGAAGAAGAGGACUAUCCUUCGCCGUCCACAUCGCAUAGUGGGACAAGCCAUCACGGUUUUAUGUUUGGCUUCAGUUCAACGAGCGUCGACAUGGUCCCGCUGCACCCAGCAGCAGAGCGAAUACCUGUUUACUGGCAGAUGUACAAGGAGAACAUCGAUCCUAUAGUCAAAAUCCUCCACAUCCCGAGCAUAGAACCAAAGAUUUUGGAAGCGUACUUGGACCGUAUACCCAAGGGUCUCGAGGCACUACUUUUCUCCAUUUACUAUGGCGUAGCUACAACCCUCGACCAUGAACAGUGCCUAACUCAACUGGGCGAAGAGAAGGACAUUCUGAUCAAGAGAUAUCGCUUUGCCUUCGAACAGUCCCUAGCGCGAGCCCAUUUCCUUACAACAGACGUCGAAGUCAUUGUUCUCCAAGCCUUCGUCAUCUUCCUUAUCCUCCUCCGUCGUAACAACGAUGCCCGCGAACUUUUUACGUUGGCGGCUGUUGUGGUACGCAUAGCUCAAGCGCUUGGUCUACACCGCGAUGGCAGCCACUUUGAUAUUCCUCCCUUCGACAUUGAGAUGCGCCGACGGCUGUGGUAUCAAAUCUGCCUUGUCGAUGUGCGAGCAAGCGAGGACCACGGCUGUGAUCCGACGAUAUUCGAGGCGAGCUUUGACACGAAGAUGCCGCUCAAUGUUAACGACAGCGACCUGUCCCCUGAUAUGAAAGAGUUGCCUGCAGAGCGCCUUGGCCCCACAGAGAUGACGUUCGGCCUCAUUCGCUUCGAAGUCGCCUCCGUUCUCCGCAGAAUCCAGUACACCCCGCUCGGCCUCAAGACGAAAUGCAGCGGGACGUACGCCAUGGCGUCGCUCCAGCAGAAGGAGAAAUGGAUACAGCAGUACCACCAGCGGCUUGAAGAGAAGUACCUGCGUCAUGCGGAUAUGAGCGUCCCGCUCUAUUGGGUUAUGGCGACAGUGGCGAGACUGGUUGCGAGCAAGAUGUGGCUGAUGCUAUACCAUCCUUUCCAGCGCCUCGACGGCGGCGCGAGCCUGCCGCAGGGGAUCAGGGACAAGCUCUUCGUCACAAGCCUUGAGAACGUGGAGUACGCGCUCCUGCUGUACACUGAAGCACGGACGAUGCGGUGGAGCUGGCUCUUCCGCACCUAUGUCCAGUGGCACGCCAUCGCCUUCCUGCUCUCAGAACUCUGCGUGCGUACAAGAGGUCCGCACGUAGAAAGAGCGUGGAGGGCCGUCGAAGCCACGGCGGCGGCGAGGUGGGAGGACUCGCAUGACCAGAAACAGAGUGCGCUGUGGAAGCCUUUGAGGAAGCUGAUGACGAGGGCGCAAGAGGCGCGGCAGAAGGCGCUGGACGAGGACGGAGACGCCGAGUUGCCGGAGACGGCGCCGACGCUGCCGCUGCGGUCAAGCUCCUCGCAGCCAUUUGCGGCGGCAUCAGGACUGCCGACUCCAGCAGCACAGGAUACUUUCGACAUCACGCAGAUGUCUUAUCCACAGUUCGCUGUGAACAGGGAAAUACCGUUGGGCAACAGCCUGAUGACCCCCUUCAGGCCCGUAAGCUUCGGCCCGUCAACCGGACUGACGCCUCAACCGAUCACCAUGGCCUCUGCGGCGUCUCUUUCACCAUCCUUCGACGCCGCACCAAGGUUAUCAGCCGAGAUCAUCCCAGAGCAGUUCAACCUGGACGCCAGCUUUGACUGGAACGCUCUCAGCGACCAACUCGACAACCAAGCUACAGGAACUGGGAUUGUGAACUGGGAGAACUGGGAUGACGCCGUUAGGCAGCUUGGAGACGAACUGCCGAUGGACGUCGACGGGACUGAUGGGAUGAGUCUGGGUCUGAGGCCGACCAUUGGAGGAAGUCAUUAUUGGUAUUAA